AUACCUUACACCUACAGGAACACGGGGAAAAGUCACAACGAAUUCUUUUCCGGUUCAGAACGACGGAAGCCCAUGGAUGUUCGGACAGUCCUAAUAGGUCGCAUACUAGAUUGGAAGCGAGCAAGAGAUCCAAAAGAAACCCAUCCGUUCACAGGAAUGGAACGAACAUUGAUGCCCUCCCCUCCAACAUUGAUGAUAGGUCAGUCGCGGGCCCCUCUCUGCUCUCCCGGCUUAUCUAGUCUUCUCUCUCGUGAAGAUCAAGCCCUCUCUGCAAUUAACACCAAGGAAAUAAUUGAUACUGGGUUCUGAACCGAGAAAAAUGCAUGAAUUGUACAUGUGGUCGUUCGCGAGCUCAGUCCGCUGCUGGUGUAGCUUCGAUAAUGUGCUCGUACAAUCGUCUCAAUAGCUGGUGUACUUGCCAGAACUCAGGGCAUUAAACGGAUUUCUCAAAAAUGACUUGGGGUUCCAAGGGUAUGUCAUAAGCGAUAUGAGUGGCUUGAAAGGGCACAAUCUGCCCU